CUCGACAGUCACAGAUUUCAAUGGUCGCCCUCAACGUUGUCUGGGUGCUGCGGUUUUCGUCACCAUCUGUGUCUCCGUGUUUGGACAGUUACGCGCGUCAGACGGUGUAAUUGCUGUGACGCACGUUGCAGGCUGAUGCUGCUGCACUCAUGAGUUUCUCAGCGGGAGCCCUUUGAGGAAUUUUGCCUAAACACACAGUGCCGGAUACCAGAAGCAUUCAACAGUUAUCUCCGAUCCAAACCAGACUUUGGUGUUUAUCAUACACUCAUCUGAUCUGAGUUCCUUGUCGUAGACAGAGAGAUAUCUCUCGCUGAAGAAAAGCUCAUUCUUGCUUGACUCAGACGUGCGCUGACAGUUCAGCGGUCAAGGCUUUUACAGAAACCUUUAUCGCAGUCAAGAGGCGACACUUCACACAUCCAUCAGUAGGAUUUGUUCUCUUGUGAGAAAACUGUUCCUGCUCACCUUCAGAUUUCUUUUGGACCGAGUUCGAUAAAAUACCUGGACCUUGUCUGUAGAAAUGCAGACCCUAUUGAAAGUUUGACAGUCCUUCUUUUGGCUGUCAUGGUAAAACCUCAGGUACUUGGGGGGGGGGUGUACAUGGCAGGGCUCUAAUACAAGAAUUGAAUUCAGUUUGACUUGUGAGAUCCCUGAGGUCCUCCAGUCUACCCUGGCCUUGAAGAGGAACAAGAUUAGGAAAGGCAGACCCGGUGCCCCUCAGGGAUGCAUGCUCUCCCCUCUGCUCCUUUCAUGGUGAUGUCAAAGCCAUGCGGACCUGCUGAGAUCCUUUUGGACGGCCCUGACCCUCAGAAGGAUCCUCUCCUCCCUCGCUCCUCCUCAGCAUCCGGAACCGUUGGGUCAGGACCAACAGGAGUGGAGCAGACCUCACCCUAACAUCCAUGGUGUUUCGUCAGGAACGGCCAGUUUCUUAUACACUUUCUGCUGCUGUUGCUGUGGAUUGUUGUCCAGAGUGCCUUUUAUCUGCCGAGCUGUCAUGGCCGCUUCAUACAUCACCGCCUCAAGUUCAUGACAGCACAGAGGAUUAUGUGCUUGGACACUGGCGAGAGUAGAGCAGUGAAGAAGAGAAGGAUCUCGCCCUCCAGCCAGCAGCCUCCUCUUCCUCCUCCUCUGUCUGGUCGGUGCUUCUGGGCAUGUCAAAUUUGCUGCACCGCUUCUACCCUCGGGCCACAUCUGUGCUGUACAAUUUACAUCACCAAAUAGAACUGCAGUGUUUAAGCUAGUGCACAAUAUCUUUUCUUUACUCUAGUGUGACAAAUACCUGCUGGGAACGAUCAGUCUGAUCAUGAGCAUCCUUAUUAAAAACAUGGCUUCAAUAAUUCUUGCAUUGAAAUGUAUGUUAAAGUCUCAGUUGAUCUCUGAGAAACCCCAUAAAAUAUAAAAGUUCAGCUUCAAUUUUCUUAAAAUUAAUAAAAUGCAACAAAAUACUGAAACAAACUUCAACAUUGUCAAUAACCCCACUGUUUUUAUAAACAUUUAUUUAACAUUGCACAUUAAACAGAAAUUGAGAUAUUUUUCUGGUGCUUCUUUUGCAGAACAUUUUAAGCUGAAAAGAGAAAGCUGAGAAAACUAAUAACUAGAGAGGUCACAGUGAACCCCCGAGCCUCACACCAACACAGAUGAGCUUCUGCAGUGCGUAAAAAGUAACAAAUAUGGUCUUUGAAAAUCAAUAUUUGGAACACAUGAAGCUUUUAGUCUGACGUUUGCAACUGCAGUUAUAUAAAAUGCCAUCUAGUAAAUCCUUGUAUAUCACAGAUGCAAUGCAGUAGAGUGACGGCAAAGUGUUGGCAACGAUACAAAGAUCACAGUCAAUAAAUGGACACAGACUCACACUGACGUGCUGCAGAAGUUCAGAAGUAAUAAACCUGAUUAUCAUCUUGCUGUUAUUCUGAUUGUCAGGUCGUAAUGAUGGCAGCUGAUGAGUCCCAUCAUCCACUUGCUUCCGCUCCCAGGUCGUUGUUUUUGUUACCACAUGAAACACGAGUGAUGAAAGCAGCGCAGCUCGUCCGUUUUAAGAGGCUGGGUCGAGAAGGCAAAAGUCCCUGUGUGUGGCAGUGAUCCUCCUGCGGGUCCCUCCUCCACGCAGCCUGCCAUUACGAGUAGAUGGACCAGUAGAUGAUAUUGAAGAGGAUGUAAGCCCCUGGAAAGACCACCCUCGAGUACUUGUCUAUGGCGUGGGUGUCUAUCCAAAUGUUCACGUAGCCCCUGGACGGCUUGACUUGGCUCGCCAGCUGCGGGUCAUUCAGAGCCACCUGGGCCAGCAUUCGCUCCUGGCGCCCGCCGUUCUCUGGCAUCCCAUAAUUUCCAGUGGUGUUGACGUCCAUGGAGCCGUAGCCGGUGAUCUGAGGGUCGAUCAUCAUCUCAUCCGGGUUGCCGAUUCCACAUGUGCACGGCAGCUGUACACAAUUUAAAAAGUAGAGUUAAAUCGGAUGUGAAUACUUUUCUAAUGUACAUGAAGCGCUUUAAUAUUUUUGUCUAGAAUUCUUCGACUUCACCACAAACGCCCGUCUCACCUCGCUGUCAGACAUCACCCAACUUUAGAAACAACAUCUCUGAAUUACAUCUUGCGUUCGGAGCUGAAGCCAUGUUUGCUGGCUGAAAUCACCCCAGGCAACGCAGGCAACUUGGCUCCAUGUGUUGCAUCAUUUGGCAGAUGAAGAAUAGCUCAGGAAUAAUUUGCUAGUGCCCCGAAUGCAGCUUGGAGUGAGGAAAUGUAGACGUCCUUGAUGCUGUUUACAACAUUUACACUCACAUUUUUCUGUCUUUAAUGCAGCACUUCUACUUGUCUAUAAGGCUUGUAGGAAAAAUUGAACUGUUUUUUCAGACUCACAACUUAUUGAACUAAUAUUUCACAAAUGAAGCGUCGUGUAAUAUUGAUAAGUACUGAAGACAGUUUUAGAAGGUUCAUUUCUCUUUCGUUCUUCGAGCCUUGUCAUGGUGAGACUAGCUUAGGAAACAUGUUUCCAGUGAGACCACCGUCACACAGCUUCUCUGCAGUGGCGUGAUGUAUAAUUGGGAAUACAUUAGUUUCAAAGCUCUGACUGGACUCUGUUGCAGGAUAAACAAACCAGAUAUGCUCUAAGACACUGUGGUCCUCAACUUUUCCUGAAUAUUUUAAGAGUUCCCAGCAUCCAAAAAGCAGCAUACUUAAGUUAUUUAGCUCCAUAUCUGUGAAACCAACUGACUUUUAAAUAUAUUUAAUAACUUUAUGUGUCUGUCAAAAGCAAAUUUCAAUUUCAAACACAAGAACUGUGUUCUGGUGACCACUUGCGUGAGCUCCCCAAAAUUUCUUCCGCAUUCUGAAACACUACUGCCACCUACGGUCCAAAUGAGUUUUUCUAUUGAUAUCCAUGAGGUUUAAAGUGCUAUAACAAAGGUGGAACUGGGGAGCGUGUCAGGGGUCUGCGCUCUCUGAGUGCUUAUCUAUCUUCGCUUCCACUGAAGUUUUGGGGUCGCUGGUGGGUGUGGACCCACCUCCUCUGACCAGUCAAGGUGCUGCUGCCUCCACUCUGCUGCAGCUCAUCUGCCAGUGGGCAACUACGUGUGUCUUUCUCUUCCCCUCUGCAUCCUGUUAUCUUGCCUUUCUUAUGCUCUGUUUUUUCUCACUAUAGAAUUAAAGAAAUAUUUAACUGUUGUGUGUGUCCUGGUUCCUCCUCCUCUUUUUUUCUCUGCAGUUUAACAAGAUUAAAAAUAUAUAUUUCAUUUGAGUAUUUUAUUAAGUCAUAUUAACUUUUUAAAAACUAUAUCCUUCACCUGCCAACCCUAUAUUUAGUCAUUUCACUUACAGAUGUGAUGCAAAAGAAAGAUAAAAAUGUGCUUUAAGUGGAACAUUUUUUGUGUCGUCUGCAUAGAUUUGUAUUGAUGGAGCAGAAGAUGACUGCAAUCACUGCGACUGUGUUUCAACUGAGGGAUGAAUAGCCAACAAUAGCUGGGGGAAAAAAAGAGAAAGGAUUUUUGUGUGGAAACUCACUCGCUCCCUCAGCUUCCUCUCUUUCCUCUCCUGCACCGUGGAGAGAUAGUUGACCGCCGCAUACUCGAUCACUGACAGGAAGACGAAGACGAAACUGACCCAGAGGUAAAUGUCCACCGCUUUGAUGUAGGAGACUCUGGGCAUGGAGGCGUUGACGCCCGUGAUGAUGGUGGACAUGGUCAGCACGGUGGUGAUACCUGGAAGAACCCAUCCCGACUCCUUCAGAACAGACUUUCAUUGUGAGCGUCAUGAACUGAUCCCACUUGUGCCUCCUCCCCCCGUCACAUUGGUUCUGUCUUUGAAGGCCCCUGACGAGCCUUUGAGCAUCUGAAGUACAUCUCAUGGAAGUUUUUUAACAAGCUGCUGCCGUCAGAGUCAGAACUGAGCCGUUGCUAUGGAGCCAAGGAUUUCUCCCCCUCCAUCCUCCCUCCUUUCCCUCCCCUCCUCCUCCUCUUUCAUUCCACCAGCAGAUGUUAAGACCCAGAGAAAAGAUGUGAAUGAAAAUAACUCAUUGUUUGACAGUCGUUUUUGUUUUUCGCUUCCAACUUUUAUUGUGACUGGUCUCCUAAAUCCAAGGCUGCUUGCCUCAUUUUUACUGAAAUCCCAGAGGUGGGAUGCAAAAACACGGCAGGUCUCGCCGCCUGAGUGUGACAAGUGUGUUUGAGAUGUUAGAAUAUUUAUAGAGAUGCGCUUCCUUAAGUGCCGCAGUCUGUGUGAUUUAUAUUUCUCCAUAUUUUCCUUGCUCCUCCUGGGCACUUCCUUUAGUACUUGUCAGUUCACUAUAGCCUCCCGGUGCUCCCCAUCAUGCACCUCUGCAGUGACUUUUACUUUCAGCUGGCAUCCUAACCUUCGCUAUGAUUGACUAUCAUUGUGCUCCAAUAACAAUCACAGGGUUUUAUGAUCUCACCCAGAGGGACGCGAGCGGGGACGGCUCUGCGGUCAAUCCAGAAGGACACCCAGGACAGCAUGACCAUCAGAGUGGCCGGGAAGUAGGUCUGCAGCAGGAAGAAGAAGAUGUGGCGCCUCAGAGUGAAGUGGAUGUACAGUCGGUUGUACCAGCCUGCGGACGCCAGCAACACAGAUUCCUCUCCUGAAUGAGACGCGAUCUCACUGACGUGUCCCAGGUCUGCACCAGAACACCUCACCCAGCAGGCGUUUGGAGGCAAGAUGCUUUUACAUUUCACUUCUGCUGGAAGAAACCGGUGGUGGCUGCUCUAACCUCAGGCCUAAAUUGAGGCUCAGAAUGACUCGCUGGAGGCUUUGUAGUUGUCCAAGUUGACCACUUUUGAGCUCAGAUGCAGCUGGUGGGCGUGCCUUGAGUUCAGGGGGGCAAAUGAUGGCUUCGCAGCCGCCUUUGUUUGCUGCCCGUCUGGACGUUUGUCUGUCUAGAAAUUGCUGGUGUAUGUUUCAGAUCCUUUGACGCUAAUGGUGCGGCCAACCUAAGCACGCGGCUGCUGUACAGAACAUUUCUCCAAAAGCAUGAAAAGGAUUUUUUUCCUGUGGCAGCCUCCCUCAUCGUUCAUCCUCAAAGCAGCGAGUUAAAAUAUAAAUCAAAGUAAGAAAGAGAAAUCUCGCACAGCCCACGCCAGCAGCUUCCAGCCUCCUCUGCGAUUUCACGUGGAGCCGCGGCUGCGACAGAAGACAUCAUGAUAUUUUGCCCCCCUGGUAGAGGAACCAAACACUUGAUUUGUAUUCUCCGCCUGCGUGCGCGUUAGCAAGGAGGGUGUGAGAGGACUGUCAACCAGUCUGAGGAGGGGAGAGCGUCUCCCACAUUUGAUAAAAAACAAAUAAAAGAGAUUACAGCGCGGCUUUGGAGCACUUUUCCUCCCAGUCAUUGACAGAUUUUCCACGGACGAUUACAAUUGUGCUCCUCUUAUAUAUUGUGAUUAUCUUAAUCACCUCCAGGGCUGGAAUGAUCACCAUCAUUUCACGGUGCCUUGUUUUCCUCUCGCUUCAGCAGGAAAGUCUGCGGCCCCGAAAAAAAAACAAACCAAAAUUGUGUUUGUCAUCUUCAAACAUUUCAUUAUGUGGAUUAGAGAACUAAUAUGGAGCAGACUCUGCCGUUUAACCUCUGAUCUAAAAUAGCAGCUGCUGCAGGGGGCAGCGCGGCCGUGUGUCGAAGCACAGGAGGAUUAGCGUUCGACAGGGAUGUCUUUAUUAAGUGACAGCGAUUCAGUCGGAGCUGGCGCCGUCAUCACACCGUCUUCAGCGCAGAUUAAACACAAGAGUCUCAAAGGGCGGCUGGUGGGACACAAAGAGGUCUUGCAAGUGAAGUCAAGCGGAGAGAAAGAGAGGGGAACCAAUCUCAUCGUUCUGAAUGAGGAAUACAUCAGAGUGACAUUACACUCAAUGACUCGCUAUUAAUAAAAAUCUCAUAACCUCAUAAUUCAAUGAAUUUCAUUUAGCAGAGAAACGCCUGUCAGACUGGAAUUAUUACCAUUCUCACACCUCAAUUCCAUUCAUUUCAAUGAAAGAAACCUUAUUAAAUAUCCAUAGUGAGUUAAGAAAAACUGUGCUGUGACCCAGUUAUUUGAAGAAAAAUGUGUAUAUAAUAUGUAUUUUGAGAUUCAUUUAGAAAGAGACCUAAAACUUCAAAAUAUCAGAUUAUUAUUAACAUUGUGGUGCUUGUUUACAGCUUCUUUGCCACCACUUUUUUCUUGUGUGGCAGACACAGGAUAUAUUUGAAAACAUUCUUUUAUUCUUUCAUUCUUUUAUUAAAUAAACAGUAGUUUGGCAGAUGACUUCUGCGUCCAUAUUGCGAACUUUUUUGGGGGCGUCUAUCAUCACUGCCGCCCGGCAACAGAUUAGCACGUGAGGGUCAUUUACAAGCUAUGAAUCUAUGAGCCGGGUUAUUCUCUAUAAUACAUGGCAGCUCUUCAUAAAGAAGGUCAAGUAUAGCUACAUACAGAGAAGGUUUGGAGCUUCUCCCACUACAGUUAUAGGACAGCAGUGUUGUAGGUCUGUUGUCUGUUGUAAAACUGUGGCAUCUUUUAGUGACCUUGACCUUCAUCUGGACGGAGCUCAACCACUUGUGGCAUGUGACUGGACGCGCUCGACAUUGGUCAACAUGGUGAAGAUAAAAAGCAGUGAUCCGAAUCUGCGCACAUCUGUGCUCCGGUCACCUGCCGACUGCUUCUUUAAUUCUCCCGCAUCCCUUUAAUUCCCUCCUCACGUUUUCUCAACCACAAUUCUCCCCGUAAAAACACAACAUCUGGCUGAUUAAACGGGUUCCAGAUGUGGUCCGGGCCACACCAAAUCCAUCGGCAUUAAUGAGGGAGCAAUUAGCCUAAAUAAUCGCCCCAAAACGACAUUGACUCCAACCGUUGCCAGCGGCGGAAAAGGCUCUUCUGCCGGCCGGCAGCAGAACACAGCCAGCGGCACAGAAAUAGAUGUAGGGAUUUAGGUCUCCCUCUGUCCAAUCUGCUGUCUGACUAAGUCAGCAGUGAGGACGGGAGUGGGGGGGCAGGUGACACCAGAACAACGCACGACCUCGUGUCAGCGGAAAAGUCCGGUUUAGGAAGGAAGGAAGGCGAGGAGCGCUCUCACCUGGUUUGCGUGUAGGUUUCCAGCCGGUGACCCCUGGACUGGGUCGUCCUCCCGUCUCCACCUGCCAGGCAAACACAGAGGAGCACAAGAACAGCAUCCACCUGCAUGGUUCACAUUCCCCAGAGGACGGACCCUGCUGCCAGUCAAAAUCUACCCCCCUGCAGGGCUGGGAGCACUCUGCCUUCCUCUAACAUUCCCCUCUCCAGCGUCCGGGCUGAUAACGGGAAAAGAAAACGGCGGCGGCGGCAGCAGCACUGGCCUCGUCUACCGGCUGAGAGUGCGAAACAUCCUACGGUGCUUAAUCUCCACAGUGGGAAAAGCAAUUUUGACUAAACCCAUAAAUCCUUGAGCGUCAGAUGGUACAGAUUUGAUCCCUGCAGCGGCGGAUGUGCCUGCCUCUCUGCUUGGCUCGCUCACAUAUCCUCCACUCUCAUGUGCUCUACUCUACUUUGCGCCGCCCAGAAACACCAAUUCCCACACUGAUGCAGCGAGAUGAUUUGUGAGGUCAAUGGUUUACUGACACAGGCACAGGCUGCAGCCAGGUCUCUGUCUGUGGAAGGCAUUUCUGCUCUCUUCUACCUGAAUUACCUGAAUGUGGUUUAGGACCCGUCUUUUGUCAGUGACGUCUCGGUGGCAGUGCUGCUCAGGGUGAUAACGGCAGCAAACCAAUUGUCUGGAAUUUGACUGCAGCUGAGUAUGAAUAUUAAAGUAUGUAAAUACAGCGCUGGAGCGGCGUCGGCUUUUUAGCAAUUAGACACCUGGUUCAAAUCAUGUUUUAUGCGGGAGCUUUAUGUCCUGCCGGUGCCUUGGGGCUACCCAAAAUACAUACCAUCAAUCCUCCUCUGCGCACCACCUUCCUUCUUCCUGCUACUGUUUCCAUGCCAACUGAUAUAUAGAUAAAACUGUAUGAAACUUUACUGAAACGCUUUGCAUUGGAGACACAAAGACGAGGCAGCACUUGCCAACAAUGUCAAGGACCAGAUCUGGGAAAAUACAGAGGGGGUCUGCAGUCCUGACCCCACCGCCAGAGACCACAUACAUACUUGAAACUACAUUCCAAGCUCCUUAAAAAUGACAGGAACUGAUGUGGGCAUCAUUUUCUACCGUCGCUACACACUGGGAAAUAAUGUGUUUUUCAGUUACUAUUUACAAUAAGAAAAUAUAAUUUGUUGCAGACUUCAGAAUCAAAUGUAUUGCCAUGGUCAGUGGGGAUCCGACCAACUAGGAAAGUGUUUUGGAAUGAAGUGCUGACAAAAAAAAAAUAAAUAAAUAAAUAAAUUUGAGUGAACCAGAAAGGUUAUAUGCUGACUGGGCGACUAAUAUAGUCAGCGACUAGUUGACUAAUGAAACAGUCCAACCUUUUCUUUGGCAUUUUCUAAAUGAAAAAGCUCAUUUUGAGAAGUGCUGAUAUUCGCUUUUCAGUUAGUAGUUCUGACUCCCGUUUCCAGAGCUCGCAUAAAAACACCUUGUUGCAGACCUCUUCACUGUUCUAAAGGCAGCUGCUGGCCUUGUCUAAUCCUUCAUUGCUUUUGACGCUCCGGAUAACUGCCACAGUAUGAUCUGAAACAACCUGCCAAUCUUUUCACGUCUCAGCCGCAUAGAUGAAAUCUCCAAUUGGGGAAUACGGCGGAUGAGGAGACAAGGGUUUUGUGAUCAGAACACGCCAAUCCCAUUUGAAAAAAAAAAAAAGAGGUUUGUUUAAUUUGGCAGUGCACCAACCGCCUGACUACUAUUUGGCCGCGCAGACGUGUUGUCCAGAUGUGUAACCCAUUUGAAAACAUUUGCUGCGUGACGACAUUGUCAGCAGACCAUGAUUCCCACCCUCCUUUUUUUUUUUUUAUAAGAGACAGUUGGAUUAUCAGAUCACGAAUUUGGGUUAGCGCCAGGGACGCCAAUCUAAAAAGGCAGGUUUCAAUCCUGAUCUAUACUUAAAUCUGCUGGGUAGAUACGUCGCACAUGUUGGGAGGUGAGAGGUCACCGGGAUAUUUCACAUUGACCCCACAAGUAGGACACUUGGUUGCUAAAAACUUCCUUAAAUGUAAUGUGAUACAUAAUAAUUUACGUGAGGUACUUUGAUUUUUCAUUUUAACAAAGUAUUUAUUUAUGCUGUCUGUGUUUUAAUAACCAAGGUGAUGACUAAUAAAUACAUAUAUCACAUAUAUUCACAUCAUAUUUGGACUUGGAUGAGCAGACCAUAUUAAGAGCAAAGCAAAUGCAUUCAUUGAGAAUCAAGGCUGAAAGAACAGUAUUGUAACUGCAAGGCAGAGUGGCCCUGUAGCUAUAGUAACCGCGCUUAAUAAAAAGCUGCUACCACAUAAAAGCACGGUAAAAUCUCUUCUGAUUCACUGCGCAUAGAGUAAUUAUUAAUAGCGCGGUUACUGAGGAGCGGGUAGAAUAUUCUAGCGUGAGGAAGAGUUUUAAAUAAACAUGAAAAGAGUCUGAUUAAAAGUCAUUUUUGGUCAUGCAGAGCAUAUUUUCUUAUGCGUGAAUGCUAAAUUAUUUUAAUGUUCUGUGCGCCCUUCGGCCAAAAGAGGGCGCUGUUUCACCCAGUACUUUUUAAAAAGUCUCUUUAACCCAACAAAAUAUUGCUUUGCCAUCGUAACAACCACGAGUUGUUAUUUGUGAUUUCAUAACUCAUCCUGUGUUAUAUUCGUUUGAUUUUAUCCUGGCUUCCGGGUUAUAUACGUCAUGGAGGUUCCGCCAGUAAGAGCUAGGCAAAACAUGUUAAACCCUCUUCCUUGACUGUCAGGCGCGUUGGGCGUAACUUUAAUUGAAUAUGUAUUUUUUAAAGCGCUUGGAUGGGAUUUAGCGACACAAGCGUGGAUUUGAUAUUGAAACGCCAUCGGAUAUUGCUCGCAAUCGUUCGUUUUGAGAGUGAAAAAAGACGCCAUUUGUACCUGGAAGACACAACUUUGGAACACUUAAUCCACGUCUGCCAUUGGUUCUCAGUGUCCUGGCGCGCGAGCCUGAACCGUGAGCUCCAACAACAACAGAAAUAUGCGAUGACUUUGGAUUUGCCUUCGUGAUCACGGGUCUAAUAUGUAUUGGAUAUAGACUCUGAUUUCCAAGAGUGUGAGUUGCUGUGUCAAGUUGCGACAUGUAUCGGAUGUUAUAACUUCUAGCGUCUGUUAGCUUCUCGUUAGCGCCUUGUUGUCAUUCUCAGACAGCUAUCAUCGCUACCUUCUGUUGUCAUUGUUGUCAAGAUUGCUGACUCACGAUGAGCGUGUCACGGGAAAUUAAACAGCUGCAGAAAGCCAAACUUAAAGCGCAGCACAACAACAAUCUCAGAGAGGAAGCUAAUAUCUGCAACCAACUGGGUGAAUUGCUCUCUCGAAGUGGCGAUUACGAAGCUGCCAUCCAGGAGCACCAGCAGGAGUUGGCUCUGUCCGAGGUGUUGAAAGACGUCAUCGGUCGAGCGGUGGCCAAUCGGAAGAUCGGAGAGUGCUUUGCAGAGCUGGGGAAUAUUGACGCAGCCUUGAAACAUCAGCGGUGUCACCUGGAACUGGCCCGGUCUGUCCGAGAUCAUGCGGAGGAGCAGCGGGCUCUUGCCACCAUCGGCAGAACUUACCUCUUUCGUUAUGAGUCCGACCAGUCAAAGAAGAGUUUGGAGCAAGCAGAAGACGCCUUUAAGAAAAGCCUGGCCAUCGUGGACGAUCGUCUUGAAGGGAAUGUGCCUGAUCGGGAGGUUAGUGAGAUGAAGGCUCGUCUGUUUCUCAACCUGGGUCUGGUCUGUGAUCAUCUUGGGGAGCCCAAGCGCUGCAGCGAAUUCAUCCGCCGCAGCGUCUUCAUAGCAGAGAAGAGCCAGUUGCUCGAAGAUCUUUACAGAGCAAAUUUCAACCUGGGCAACAUCUGCUACCGCAACGGUCAGCACUCCAACUCAGUGCGCUGUUUGGAGCAGGCCAAAGAGUGCGCCAAGAAGAUGAAAGAGAAGUUCAGUGAGAGCGAGUGUUUUCACUGCAUCGGCAAGGUCCAACUUUCCCUGGGAGACUUUGUAGCAGCCAGACGGUCGCUGAAGAAAGCUCUUCGACUGGGAUCCCAGCACCUUCAGGACAGGCAGGCGGUGAAGAAGGCCUUCAGAUACGCUGACCAAGGGUGUAAGUUGGAGGAGGAGCUGGGAGAAGAGCAGAAUCUGAGCCCUCGCCGGUCGGUGGAACUCGCGGAGCAGCUCGGCGAUCUUUACUGUAAAGUCAGCUGCUACAGCAAAGCUCUGGAUGCUUACCAGGCGCAGCUAACUGGCGCUGAAGCGCUGGGGAAGCCUGCCAGAGAGUUGGCUGUCAUCCACGUGUCGCUCGCUGCCACCUACACCGACCUCAGGCAGCACGGCAAGGCGGUGGAGCACUAUAGACGGGAGCUGGAGCUGCGCCAGGGGAGCCCAUCCGAGGAGUGCAGCACGUGGCUGAACAUCGCCGCGGCUCAGGAGGAGAGCCGCUGCUCUGUUGAGGAAAUGGACAGCAGCUAUAGUGCAGCGCUGCGGUGUGCUCAGAGCUCGGGUCGGGCUCGGCUGCAGAAACGCGUGUUGAGGCUGUGUCUUGCGGCUCAGAGGCGAAGUGGCUCUCACGCAGCUGAAGAAACCGAGGCGCAGCUGCAGGAUCUUUGCUCUUCCCAGGGCUGGAGUCCGGACUGCAGCGACGGCGAGGAAGACGAGGAUGAGGAGGAGAUGGACAACAGCGAGCCUCUGGAGGACAGCGACGUCGUUCUCUCCGACUCCGAGGACGACUUUGAAGGCUACGACAAAGUGGUUACCGGGAGACGGAACCAAGGCCGGUGGAACAAGAGGAACGAAAAGGGGGAGACGUCGCUGCACCGAGCGUGUAUCGACGGGAACUUGAAACAAGUGCAGUAUUUGGUCGAGAAGGGUCAUCCUGUGAACCCCAGAGACUACUGCGGCUGGACUCCUCUGCACGAGGCCUGCAACCAUGGUCACCACGACAUUGUUUCCGUGUUGCUGGAUCGUGGCGCUAACAUCAACGACCCUGGAGGUCCGCUCUGUGAAGGAGUGACCCCUCUGCAUGACGCCCUUGCCUGCGGGAACUUCAGCGUGGCCCGACUCCUGGUGGAGCGGGGAGCGUCUGUCAGCCUCCGGAACUCUAAGGGGGAGACGGCGAUGGACACACUGCGACACUGGCAGAGAAUGUACAGCAAAGAGUUGGACCAUGAAGCCAAGCUGGAGUGCGCGGCGACGGAGAAGCUGUUGAAGAAGGCCCUGGCCGGGGACGUCCCGGCGGCGGCCGUCCCUGCCAAGCCUUUCGAUUUGCUGCAGGACAGCCAACUGUUUGAUGCAGAAAACUCCGAGCCGCUGUCGUCCUCUGGAGGGGGCUGUUUCUCCAGCCAGGAUUGGACCCAGAACAGAGUCGUCUCAGACUCCGACUCCAGCCUCCGGACUCAUGGCCACCGGCCCAGAGCCAGAGGGACAGAGGCGGCGCUUCUUUUCGGGGUCAGCAGCAGCAGCAGCUCUGACAGCGAGCCCGACUCUCCUGUGAGUCCCCUCCGUCAUGUCCGUCCCAGACCCCAGCAGCAGGUGUCCUCAAGCAAAGCAGACAAGGUCAGGGAAGCGCAGACGUCCUUUGUCCUGGCUCGACCCGAGUACCAAAGUGCCAUCCGGGGCCUGGGGAGCGCCAAAACUCUGCUGCAGGGUGUGAGCCAGUUCUCCAGCACCCCGGCGCCGUCGAGCAGCCACAGGUCUGCCCUGGUUCCUGAGGAGGAGUAUGUGGCAGACGACUGGCUGGAGGACGACGUGGGCGAAAUGCCGAAGAAGAAGAGGAGGCUGCGGGGUGAGCCGGGUGGGACGCAGGUGGAGGACGCAGUUCCAUCCUCGGCCUGCAGGGCGCCCUCUAGGCUAUCGGUCUCGCAGACGUCCAGCAGAAUUCCACCCCCCACCAGCAGGAGUCUCUCCUUGAAGAAAAGCAGCUCCCAGAAGCCUCAGCAGGUCAAAAUGACUCAGAUGCCUGGGAUGGUCAGGCUGGGUCGCAGGGAGGUCAACAGGUCACAGAGUCCCACCAUCACAGACGAAGAAGACGGGCGAUCGGAGACGCCGCCGCCGCCACACCUGCACCUGCAGCCUCCGACUCAGACGCUCUCGGCUCCCCUCCUGGCGUCACUGCCUCCGCCCAUCAGGAUGAGGGUCAGAGUUCAAGAGGACGUCUUCCUGAUCCCUGUUCCUCAGAGCGAGGCUGAGACCUGCUCCGUGUCCUGGCUGUGCGAGCAGGCCGCCCAACGUUACUACCAGAAGUGUGGCCUCCUGCCGCGCCUGUCGCUGCAGAAGGAGGGAGCGCAGUUGUCCUCGCACGACCUCCUGCUGGCCGUGCUGCACACCAACGAAGAGGUUUUGGCCGAGGUGUCGUCCUGGGAUCUCCCCCCUCUCCCCGAGCGCUACAGGAAAGCCUGCGCCAGCCUGGCCGUCCGGGAGAACCAGCGGGUGACCCGCCUGUGCGAGGUGCAGGACGGCAGCUCCUCCGUGCUGGUGUGUGGCCUCAGCCUGGAGCCGCCGGCCCUCACCGCCCUCCUCCGCGCCCUCAAGCUGCAGGCCACGCUCACCGAGCUGCGCCUGUCGGGAAACCGCCUGAACGACGGCCUCCUGCCCGAGCUGGUGGCCUCUGCCGUCACCAUGCCGCGGCUGCAACUGCUGGACGUUUCCGCCAAUCAAAUCACGGGGGAGGGGCUUGAGAAGGCCGUCAGCGCUUUAAAGGGGCAGAGUCAUCAGGCGUUUCCGAGUCUGAAGGAACUGGACCUGAGCCAGAACCCGCUGGGCGACACCGUGUCCCAGCCUCUGUCCUGUCUCCUGUCCUGCUGUCCCGUCCUCUCCACACUGUCCCUGCAGGCCUGCGGCCUCUCGCCUCGCUUCCUGCAGCAGCACCGCCUCUUGCUGGCCAGCGCCCUCUCUGGCUCGGGCCACCUGAGGUCGGUGUGUCUCUCCCACAAUGCACUGGGCUCCACAGGCUUGGAGCUGGUGCUGAAGACGCUUCCUCUGCACAGCCUCACUCACCUGGAGCUGUCUGCCGUCCGCAGGGGGCCGGCUGACCCCCCGCUGCUGGAGCACCUCACCAAAGCCCUGUCCAGCGACGAGUGCUCCCUGACCCACCUCGGACUGGCUGCCAACGGACUGACGGAUAACAGCAUUGCCACGCUGGCCAGGUGUCUUCCCUUCUGUGCGUCUCUGGUGAGCCUGGACCUGUCUGCCAACCCGUCGGUCACCUCAGCAGGACUCCUCAGCCUCCUCACCUCCCUGAGAGAAGCCGGCCGACCUUUGACCCUCCUCAACCUUCAAGGGUGUGAGGUGUCUGGGCCGUGGGUGACCUCAGACCUGGAGGGGUUACCGGAGCUGGUCCGGGACCUUCGACUCUGCUGCCAGGGGCUCAACAAACUGGACCGGGACGUCUUGAGGCAGAGCUGGAACCAUCCGGACGGACAUGUAGUCGACCAAAGGUCCAAGUGCCACCUCGCUGUGAUGACAUCAUGAGUGCGACGGUUCGAAUUCCCAGUGUUAUUUAUGGGUGAUGUGUUACUGCAUUAUCUUUGUGUGUAGAAUGUGUUGAUUAAACAAAAAAA